AUGUCCGCUCUCACUGUGCAGCUAUGGGAGGCGGGCUCGCAGAUAGAAUACUACGUCGGCUCACAAUCACUCGAACUCAAUACGUUCAACUCGUCUACUGGCCUGUUAGAAGUGCCAUUCGCCCAUUUAGCGAAGACAGCGCGGAAAACUGUGGAAAUGGAACACGGUGGCCUGUACGCUAUAUAUCUCGCUAGUUAUACGCUCUAUAUGAUUUCUGAUACAUGGCAUAGGGUGAUUUCGGAUACUCGACUCGCCUUUCGCAUAAUAAAGGGACUUGCCAUCAUGUUCGUAUUUGCGACAAAAGAGGAACUGAGUGGAUGGGCAAAGAUGGUUCUUCCGAAAGAUCAGGGACUUGAGAAGAUGGUGGAUGAAAUAAAGACCUCGAAAAUUGGCGCCAAUUUUAUGUUCCAGAACUGA